GCAUGCAAUUGGCGGCCGCAGGACAAUCGUGUUCAGAAAAUGCUCCAGUAAUAACAAUGGAGACGGCUUGCCCACGACACGAACACAACCGUGAGUCAGGGAGACGGAGGAUGGACGGCAUGGUCUCCAACGGUUGGCAUUUUGGACGUCACCCUCGAGAAUAGUCGAGUCGUUCAGCACAGCUCCUCCAUCACGACGGAGCUGACGUGGCAGGUUUUGUUCAUCUAUAGUCACUUUGUGCUGAUGGACUAUGUAGCAGCAACGCGAUAUCAGAGACUGAGGCUAUCGGAAAUGGAUGGAAGUUGAUUGGACCUCUAACUUCCUCGGCACCUACAUGUUUAGCAGCACGCCCGAGUCGUAAGAUUGCAAACGUUAUUGACGUGAUUCACCGUCCAGCGGGC